GAAUUACGUGGUGACGUCACGCCGUCUCAACGCCUCUGUGUUUAUCAUGUUAAGGAGCAGCUGCUAACUUGCCUCGUCUUCAAACAUGCUCUGAAUUCACAGCUGGCAGAUUUUGGAGGACAGAGAUGGCAGUGUGUGCACUGACCAUGCUGGAUGGUAUGGAGGGCGAGGUGAUGGCAGCAGGGGGUGUGUUACUCCUGGUCCUGGCCCUAGUCUUGGCUUGGCUCUCGACCCAUGUGGCUGACCGGGGAGACCACAUACUGGGCACCAUCCUCACCGUCGGUGCUCACGCCUCCCUGAUUGGACUGGGAGGCCCUGACAGCUACAGUGGAGGGCCCCCCAGCGCAGACACCUCAGAACAGCAGACUCCUUCACCUUCGCAGGAGAACAAGCCGGAUGACGGUGAGCCGGGGACUGAGCGAGGAGAGGGUGAGGGGAUGGGGGAAGGAGCUGAUGGGGUCAGAACAGACCUGCUGCUGGACAUACAGAGCAAACAAGCACAGGCUGGAAGACUGGAGGCUUCAGAUGGGGAGGAGGACGAUGUGGAGGAAGAUGAAGAGGAGCUAGAGGAAGAAGACAAAAAGAUAUUAAUGCAAAUCCCAGUGCUGUCCCCAACUAUCAGCCCCUCCACUACUACUGCUACAACUUGCAUCUCUGUUCGCCUGAAGUUUUUAAAUGAUACAGAGGAGGUAGCUGUUGUAGAACCAGAGGAUACCGUAGGAGUACUGAAAAGUAAAUACUUCUCAGGUCAGGAGCAUCAAAUUAAACUCAUCUACCAAGGCCAAUUACUGCAGGAUCCCAAGAGGACUCUGUUAUCCCUAAACAUUACACACAACAGCGUCAUCCACUGCCACAUAUCCCAGACCCUGCGCGAACCACCUCCAGAAGAAGGGGCUCAGUCCGGCGCUGCAGUUGGGUCUGGAGUCUCUGGAGGAUUCAGGGCUGCUGGAGUGGCGAUCAGCACCAGCAGCCUGGUGGUGCCUGUGUUUGUGGUGAUACUGGCCGUGGUGUGGUACUUCCGCAUCAACUACAGGCAGUUCUUCACCGCCCCUGCGACCAUCUCCCUUGUGGGAGUCACUGUGUUCUUCAGCUUUCUCAUAUUUGGGAUGCACAGCCGUUAAAAAGAGUGGAGAGAGGAGAGCACACGCUUAUAGCUGAAUGUUAAGAGGUAAAGUAAAAAUAACCACGGUGGUGGGUGGCGUCUGGACGGACAGACUUUUUAAAAGAGGUGCUCGGGAGAGAGUGGAUCCUGCCCUGUGAGUGUGAGUGUGUGGGUGGUUAGGUGAGCUUGUUUGUGCAUGCACCAAGAUAAAAAAAGACAACAGAUGAUUGUACAUUAUGUUGAGUAAAUAAUAUUCAGUUAAAACUGAACCAUAACUUAGCCUCUCUACAAAUGCAACUUUAUCAUCCACUCCAUGCUGAAACACCAUCUCUUUUUACCUGCUUUUAUUGUUGCUAAAGAUCAUGAUGCUGUCCUGUGCGUCAAAGGUUUUAUAGGCCACUGUAUCCGUGAUAUAGAAAUAUAAAAAUAACUGCUAGAUGCAAGAAUCUAAACUCAUUUGGAACCACUCACUGUUGUGCCGUGUACCAAGUUUUCUCUUUCUUGUUGCUUUAUUUCAAUGAUUAAAACUCUAUGUAAGCUAAUGUGGACUGUACAGCUGCAACUGCACUACGCUAAACAAUUCUGAUAUUUUUGUUACCCCAAAACUGUUGCUAUGUAGAGUUAGGCUAAUUAAAAUAAUUACUUGUCAUGAAGAUAGACACUUUGGGGAAGAUUAUGUAAAUAUAUUGUGUAUUUUCUGUAAAUAAAAUGAUAGAAUGAAUCCGAUGAACCGGCAUCUGGCACUUAAAAGAUUUGGAGUGGGACAGUGACCCCCUUCUGAUUAUGCUGGACUGCUCUGGCUUCAGUGAUGUCUCAAAUUAAAGCAUUUCAAACCAAA